GCGCGACGCAUGCGCGCUGGUGCUGCUGGUAGCGCGCUGGUGUCCGGGCGGCAGUUACCACUCACCACUGGCUCCCGACCACACGUAGUCGGAGGCUAGGAGCUCGCGCGCGCAGGUCUCGCGAAAAUUCGUCCGCUAAUAUUAGCACUGGCGGCGUGUCCGCGCAUGCACUGCGCUGAAUAGUGUUGUUUUUCCGGACGAGGCCGCGCAGGGCGGGCGGCGCGCGCCGAAGAUCCCCGGCCAUCCUCAAUACAACACCCACCACACACACAACAGCACGUUUCAACAAGUGUAUAAACAAAGAAACGGUUGCAAUAUUGACGAAUGCAAUUUGCCUUCUGAUAGAUUCCGUGCAGUGCUAGAUAUUCCCUACACCAAAGCAGACUGCGGGAGAUGUGAUCUGAUUGUCCCGAUUGUAAGAAAACAGAUAGUACGAUCCCAAGAUUGUCAAGAUGACGGUAGUGACAAAUCCCGCACGAGCCCAUCCCGAUGAUGACAUCGAUGCGAUCGAAAGUGCAAAUGGUUACAAUGGAGAGUCGUCUGGCCUCGAGCUGGACGACAACGCUCGUCUCUACGACGACGAAAAGGAAAGCGAUAUUGUGUUCGUCGCGGGCAUCAAUGGCGACACUUGGCGCUAUCCCGGACACCGUCGUGUCUUGGCCGCCACUAGCCCGGUGUUUGCAGCUCUACUCAAUGCCAAAACUGAUGUCAUCGUUGUCGAUUAUGUCGAUAGACGGGGCUUCGAGCAGCUGCUCCGUUACCACUACUGUGAACCUACGCAACUCAACUCGGUGGCUACUGCUCGCUGUUCGCUCGACGCUGCCUACAAGUUCCUCUGCCCGCUGCUGGCAGAGCGAUGUGCUCGACGCCUCGACGAGAUGUUAGAUGCCGGUGUGGCCCUCGAAGUGCUACGCGAUCUACGCUACCUCUGUGCAAGGCUGCCCGGUGCCGCUUCAGCGCCUCCACUACCUGCGCUUACCAACGACGCAGCCGCACGGUCGCUGGCGCAGUGCUCACGAUGGUGCGAUUCACUAGCACAUAAUGCUCUUCUAGUCCUCGAUGAUAACGCCGAUGCUGCUCUCACCGACGAACGGCUCGAGGAACUAACUUAUGAAGAUCUUGCGUUGAUCGUGAAACGCGACACAUUGCGAGUGUCAAGCGAGCUCGUCUUGGCAGAAGCUCUGUCACGAUGGAGCACAGCUGCUUGCAAACGCACGAAACGCGAGCUGACUCCUAGCAACAAGCGAGCUGCGCUCGGCGAGUUGGCAUAUUGCCCUCGGUAUUUACUGCUCUCCGGAGAGGAAUUGGAUCGGGCUCUGGCUUUGGAGCUACUAGAGCCGAUGGAACGUGCACUGGUUACCGCCCGAGCUCGUAAACUUUCGGCGCCUGUGCCCGUGGGCGCUGAACAAGAAGGCAUGCUGCGUCGCUGGGCGCGUCCACGCCCCACUCAACCUGCUGCUCUACCGGUGCAUCUAAGUCCACGUUCUGAACAACCAAGCGAUGAUCAGCAGGGCAGCAAGCUCUGCGUGCGUCGCUCCAAGAGACCAAAGCAGCCUAGCUUUGCGCCUGAAGAAAAAACUAAGAAAGAGGGAUGCUGCGCAUGUUUCGGGGACGGCCUUCUGAGGGCUUUCAUUUGCCUCUUUGACUGAGAACCGGCCCCGACAUAUUACGUUUAAAUGAAAUAUAUUUCAUUUCAAAACGUAUUGGUGUCUAAAAAUGAUGAUAAUGAUGAUAUUCAAGUGACAAUGUGGACAUGACUGGAAAAGUUUUCAUAUAAUAUGUCUUCUUCUAAUGUGCGUAGAACUAUCCUCGUGUCAAAAAAGACUCUUGAACGAAUUUUUAAUAUUAAAUGUAUCUAACUAUGUGUGUAGGUACCUAUAUAAAGUAUAUCUAUAGAAAAUCCUAGAUAAGUGGAAAUGGUUAUGUGGAAAGAUGGUCAAAAAAGAAUGCCUUCUUUUGUAUUUUUUUACGAGUUGUUAUUGAAACUGCUUCGUGUUGGAAUAUCUACUCAGAGACUUCCUCUGUUUAGCUUUGGUGUUCAUUUUGAGUAUUACUGUCCCAUAAAAGCAUUUAUUAUAGAUAAGUUAGUUUACGUUUCUGACUGAAUUUUAAAUAAUAUUAUUAUGUUUUAUGAACUAUUAUGAGGCAGCUACUGUAUGUAACGUAUUUUAACUAUAUACCUAAUUAUAAACAAUUAAUCAACAGAUAAAAUAUUGUAUAAAACAAAAAUUCCAAAGAUUAAUGAUUAAAAAACCUCUUAAGUUCAAAAUUACAUAAGUACUUUAGAAAUAUUAAAAUUUUGUAAUGCAGCUCAGCUAGCAUUGAAAAAUAAUACGUAUUUACUUCAAACAUUGCAUGAUUAAAAAUCUUUUUAAUUAUGAUCAUUGUGAUAUACAAGUUAUAUAUUGUUUUGUUAUAUAUUUUAACAUAUCAAUGUAAACAAUUUGAAUUUUGUUUGAAAUGAAGUUACCGAGUUUGCACAAUUUGUGUUUUACCUACUUAGACAAUUUUGUUGCAUUUAUUAAAUCGUAUUUAGAUAGUUUAGUUCAAUUGCUUAAGCAUACGCUUAAUUCUGUUUAGUUAAGUUAGUUAAAUUCUUCCAAUGUGAGUUUUAAUUGAAUUUUACUAGUCCUAAAUGAAGUACAUGGUUAGAUCGAAGGAUAUUUGAAUGAAGAUUAGAUCGUAAGUCUCAGACAUUGUAUCGUUCACAGAACGAUUUUCUUUAUAGUAACGUGUUUAAAAAAAUUUAAAACUUAUAUUAUUCAAUUUAUAUGACGUUAAUCUCAAUGGAUGUUUUGUUAGAUAAAAAUUUCAAUAUAAAUUGCACUUUAAACAUAGUUUAUAGUAAUAUUAGCUUCGGUUUUAUGUGCCAUAUGGAAUGUGGUUAGUUGAAAUACAUUACGUAUUACCAUUUAAUGAGAAUAAAAGAUAACCGAGGUAUACUCUCAAUGUUAUUGUCUGUUUAGCUAAUUUAGAUAAAGCUUUUUAUGUAAUCAAAUUACUUAACACACUUACUUAAUAUAUUUGGCGUUUCAAACGAUUAUGUGUCUAUGUAAGAACAAACUUUUGUUCGUUAUUCAUAAUUAAACUAUAGAUCAAAAAUAAUUUAUUGUAAACGACAUAGAUCGAUGUGUUCAGCUCUAAGCUGUAAUAGAUAAAGUGGUCCCAUCCUAAAAUACAUAUAUGAUGUUCAAUA